CAUUUACAUCAAGAAUCCCUUUACCUACACCGCAUGUUUGUUAUUCCAUUGUGAAAACCCUAUGAAAGAAGAAAGGUUACAUUGUGAAAAGUACUAAUCGGAAAGCUUGAUAUUGAGGUUAUCAAAAGAAAUAAGAUAACACAGCGUGCGUUAACUGUCACAUAUUCAAGAUUACUAAGGAAACCAACUGUAGCUGCGAUAUUAGCAGUAUAUAAAUGGCCCGGCGUCAGCGAUCGCCGCCGCCGCCGCCGCUGCGGUGAAAGGCCGGCGAAGUCCACCCUGUAUACUUUGGCAAGAUAGAGCUCGUAGAUCUCCCUGCCUAAUGCGGAAGAACUCCAAGCUUUGUCUUCCGAUAUUAUGUAUAGUUAAGAUUUGUUUUCUCCAAAAAUGAAGUUUGUGGUAGAGCAAGCUAGUAAAAGCAGUGGGCGCCUUGGAAGACUGACAGGUUUGAGGAGCCAGCCCACAACAGUUCAUGAUACUCCUCUUUCAAUGAUAUCUACACUGGGUGGCAGUGCACCUCAUCUCACACAGGAUGUUCUACACCUUGUUGUAGAUAAGGAAGUACCAGUGUGUUUUCCAGCGCAGCAUUUUUGUGAUCUUACAAAAACACUCCAGAAAUUCAAAAAAGGUGUUACACACUUUUCAGCACUCAAGAGUCAUAGUGCAUGUGUGACAGUCCAGGAUGCUACAAAAAUGACACCAAGUGGUUAUAAUGAGAAAAAAGGCAUUUCUGUAUGGACAUAUGGAGGUAGACAAAUUAUUGCAGCUGAAAGAUACAUGGAAUUAGUGGAAGCUAUGCAACCUGACUGGUAUGAAGCUCUGAAUGAUGCAGACACUGAUGUAAAUUCCUCAAAGAAGAGAAUAUUGAAGUCAGUCAUGAACUCAACACUUAUGCUGGAUCAGUGCAUAGACAUCAGCAAAAAGAAGCAGGCCUUCCUGGUGGGGCUGCGUGAGGCUGCAUUAUUUGCACCUUUAUUAGGUGGCCACAAUGAAGAUGAACGUAAAAGAUAUUCCAAAGCAAUAAUAGAGAAUAUUAAAAACGAAUCUGUAUUAGGAUUCUCCCUCUUGGGUUUGCAUACGAAUGGGGCAACAGCAGAGAAGCUUGACUCAAAACUCAUCUCUAAUCUUGUUAAAGUGUCUUUGGACCCCUUACCUCAAGAUCUCCCUCGGCAAGCAUCAGGUGCAUGGAAUCCACUAACUGUCAUCACCUUGGUGCAACAGGGUGUGGAUAUCUUCGAUUCAUCUUUCCCAUAUUUAGUUACUGAGAGAAAAGGAGCUCUUGUCUUCCCCAUAAGCCUUACCAAGGAAUAUAUUGAUGAGAAAUUCCUAAAGAGAGAAAAUUUAGGACAUCAGAAUAAAAAGUUGAAAUCAGAGAACAAUGCUGAAACCUGUCAUGAAGAUAGACAAAGGAACAAGGAUGGUGAAGAUGCCAAAGAAAACAUCCCAGAAGAUGAAUUAUCAAGCGCAUAUGAAAUGUGUUUAAAGGGUAAAAG